AUGAACCAAUAUACAUUUAACAAAACCAAAGUUGUAAUUGACUUAACAAAAUUACAGGAAUUACUCAAUAAGAAAGGUGCGGUCAUGAAGGAGUUCCUGGGUGAUACCAUUGAUGAUAUGUACGAAUUGACAUUCUCAGAAAAACAAAAAAAUUCAACAUCAAAAGAAAACCAUCUGAAAAUCAAAAAAAAAGCAUCAAAAGAAAAAAUCAAAACAAAACCAGAGGUUGUUGCAAUAACACCUGAAAAUAUAAAAAAUGAAUCAAAGGGAGAACAAGUGGAGAAUAAUGUUGAAAUUGUUAAUUCUCAGGAUAAUGAACAUUCUCAGGUUGAUGUGAGUCAAUUCCCUAAUUCAGGAUUUUCCGAAUCCAAUGUUAGGGUUAGCACUGCCUGUGGGGAGACCUCGCAGGGCGAUCAAAUAUGUGAGAAUUGUACGGACAGAAUAUCUCUCCUGUUUGGCAAAGCUAAUAUGUGUGUAACUAAGGAAAAUAAUUUGAAGGAAAACCUUGCUAGUAUUCGUUUAGAUUCAGAGUUGUCUAUAAAGUAUGUUAAGUUGAUUAAUACCAGCAAUGAAAACAUGGUCAAAGCAUACAUGUAUAUCAAACAGCAAGAUCAUUCCCUUGCCAUACAUACUUUGGUGGAGAUGGUAAAAGCUUUGGAUAUGUUGGAGGAUAUGCAAGAUGUUGAAUAUAAACGUUUCUUUGAUCUCUAUUACGAGAUGUUUAAUGAGGAGUAUAAGUACAUGAAAUGCAGCUUUGUUAGUUAG